AUGGCAUCUAAGGGUAUAUCGGCUAAGAAGCAGCAAGAGCUGCAAACAACAUAUUCAAACUAUAAGAACACCCUGCAGCAAUUGGCCCAGAAGAUUGGUGAUGUUGAGCAAGAAGCCGAAGAACACAAGUUCGUGAGACUCUUCUCUACCCUCUCGUCAUUCCUGACAUCACGGAACCACUUUCGUGAGCUCCCUGGCAUGGCACGGCAUGGCAAUCCGCUCGUAUGGCCUCAGCCCUACCAGGGUUUUUCACCUCUAGCGCUUGUUCUUGAUACCUUGGAACCGCUUCCGGGGGAUCGCAAGUGCUUCCGCAUGAUCAACGGCGUGCUGGUGGAGCGGACAGUCCAGGACGUAAUCCCUGCUUUGAGGACUAAUGCUGAGGGCUUGAAGAAAGUGCUCGACGACUUGGUCAAGCAGUACAAGAUCAAACAAGACGACCUAGAAAAGUGGAAGAAGAAGAACAACAUCCAGGUUGUACAGUCGUGA